AUGCCCCUUAUUGAUGAGCUACUGGAUGAACUGCAUGAAUCCAAAUACUACUCUAAAAUUGACCUCAGAGUAGGUCCUACUCUAGAAGAACAUACCAAUCAUGUUACUGAAGUCCUGGAGAUUCUGAGGCCACACCAGCUAUAUGCAAAAGAGAGUAAGUGCUCAUUUGCCCAGAAGCAAGUGGAAUAUCUAGGCCAUAUCAUUUCAGCAGAAGGAGUAAGAGUUGACCCCAAGAAAAUUGACAGCAUGAUGCAGUGGCCAAGACCAGGGAACACUAGGCAGCUGAAGGGAUUUCUUGGUCUGACUGGUUACUACAGGAAGUUUGUCAAGGGAUAUGGUGCUAUUGCAAAGCCUUUAACUACCCACCUCAAGAAGGAUGGCUACAGCUGGAGAGAGGAGGCUGAAGAUGCUUUUUAG